AUGGCCGCCAUGGUAAGUCAAUCAAACUGGGCCAUAAACCUUCUAAAUGAUGGCCAUAACAAUAAAAGUACACGAAAACAAACCUUUUUUGGGAUUUUGUUAAGUGUAAUAUAUUGAGUUAGGUACAAUUUUUAUGUAAUUUUAGACUUUUAUAAUGUUACUGUUAUUAUAAAAGUAUAUAAAAACAUAAAAUAUAGUAAAAUAUUACCUUUUUUACAAAUAGACCACCAAAUAUUCACGUUACCAUCAAGUUCUUUCAGGUAAAUCACCGUGAGACGGCUGACCUUCUCCUAGUGUCGAUCGACGGUCGAAAACUUCCUGCCCAUUUGUGUAUUCUCCGUCAACGUGCUCCAGUUUUCUUCCAGCGCUACGUUGAACCCACGUUGAAUGCCAAUCCACGAGCAGCGACCCCUCAACUGCCACUAGAGGUUGCUGUAGGUGAUGUAGACUCUACAGGAUUGUCCUUCUUCAUCAAGUCGAUAUACACUGAAGAGGAGUUGGUGUCGCUGCCAAAUGAACUCAAGUACGAGAAGACUCCGCGAUGCACAGGCAUGUCAUUCUAAAUAUAGAUAAUGUUUUAUCGAUUUACCAUGGUUAAUAUCAGAAAAACGAAAAGAUAAGUGCUAAUCCGGUCAAAAAGUAAAUAGAAAAACAUAAAAGCAAGGUUAACAAGGUUUUAGAAAUACUUUUUGACCAAGUUAGUGCCGUUUCUAAUAUAAUUUUUUGUUACCUAAAAUAACAUCGAAAAGCUUUUUCAGUUCAUAUUCAGAUUGUAAAUAAUAUCAAAUAUUGUAAUAAACAUACCAGACCAUCCCUUCUCCACUGACCGUGCCACUUUUAGAAAACGAGCCCCCAGAAGCCGAGAUUCUGGUGUACCGUGACGGGCUACGUGACGACAUCUCCGAGAGAAUCUCGAACAAGACCUCCGACUCUCUGAGUCCCUCUCGAGUACGUUAAACUUGCACAUUCUGUAGUUCUGAGAUUAGGUAGCGUCCCAAAGUCAGUUGUCCGACAUGACCAACCAAGAGGUCCCACCAGAGAUGUCAGCCUCUUACCCAUCCCCGAGCGACUACAAGCACUCUGGCAACGAUCUUCUGGGCUCGAGUGGGAACCUCGGACAGGCGACUUUGAUGACGUCUUUCAAGGAACUAGCUUCACAGCAGUCCCUCAACAAUCCAGACUCUCCCAUGUGCACUUCUGGGUAUUCAGACAAGGAAGACGACGGUCGACGCAGAAGCAGAAGUGUGGCUAGCGAUGUUCAGGGUGGGUAGCUGAUUGUGUUGAAUUCAUUUUACUUCAACAACAGAUCGAAACAGAUUUUUGUCGGACUAAAAAGAUAUUUUAUACUCAAAACAGUUUUGGUGACAUGUUAUACGAUGGAUGGUGUCCUCAUGAUUUCGAAAAUAUUUUUUUCAAUUUCAGGUCAAUCCUGUAAAUUCAUUAGACUAGAUGACAGCGGAGUGUCGAGUCGUUCCAAUUCUGACAGAUCCGAGACAAAGAAGGCCAUCUUCCCCAUGUUCAUAGGAAUGGGUACCUAUGACAAUAUGGACGAUCCCAUGAGUCAGAGUGCUCCGUCGGCCGAAUCCUUUGGAUCUACGAUUAGAGGACGAGCUAUGAUGGCCAGAAGACUGUCAGUCAGCUCUUUAACUUCACUUACCUCCAUUGAUUUGACUCCAACGCACGAAAGUGAGUAUAACUAUAUUAACAUAGACAAUAUCACAUUGAUUUAGUUGUGCCGAUAUUACUAUAGAUAUGGCAAUAUGAAAGUAGAACUGAUCUUUUUAGACCUUCCUCUCUUUAUUGACAACGAACCAGCCAGCCGACUGGGCAAAGACCUCCUUCUGAUGUAUAAAAGUGGUACCGACACGGAUGUUACCAUCAAGACUAGUACAGGGCUUCUGAAGGCUCAUCGUUGUAUUUUAUGGAGCACUUGUAUCGAAUUCAAGAAGAUGUUGGGAAGUUCUGCUCAGAUUGAUCUGAGCAAGUAUACGAUGGCUACAGUAGACUACCUGCUACAGUUUCUGUACGGUGGACUGACUUGUGUAGCUGAGGCUGUAGACAUCUGGGAGUUGUUGAGGUUGGCAGAUGAACUGAGAUUAGAUCAACUACUGCAAGUUGCGAUGUUACACUUGAAGGCUCACAGAUGUCAUUUCUUCCACAGAGUAAGUGAGAUGAUAUGAUCAAAGUAGGAUAACAUAAGUACCCUCUGUAACUUUAUAUAAAAUCAUAUGUCUCUUGAUCAAACCAUACCACUUUUCAGCCUUGUGCAUCUUGUGUAUCGGCCGUGUUCGACGCCCUCCCCCAGUUCCACAACCUACCCAUCCUUCGGCCGUUGUACGAAGAAGCGAUGGCAUGGCAGUGUAAGCACUUUGCUCGUAUCUGGAAGGGUCGUAUCUUCCUGCACCUGUCAGAAUACUGGCAGAAGGAAUCAUUCGAGGCCUUGAUCAACUCCGUGAACGAUGAAUCUGUCAUCGACGUGCUUCUGGGCUGUGAGAAGCUUCAGAUCGCGUUACCUCGGAUCAAAGCUCAACACUCCAGUAUCUACGUGCAGAAGCUGGUCAAUGAUACUAUCGAGUACUGUACCGACUUCCUAAUCUCCAGUCUGGACUUGGUGGUACAGUCCAAGGUGUUUGUUCACCAAGGAAAAGGAUUAGCACUGAACCUGUCGUUACUGGAAGAUAUUCUGCCAUCUCUGAUACACUCCCUCAACGCAGAUACCGCCAUCAGAACGUUUGUCAGUCUGAAGCAGCUUCUGACUGACAUUGCUGAAGGACGGAUUCAGACGUCCAGUACGUGUAGCUUGAACCAGGUGGAGGAUAUCAAUCCAGUAUGUUGUUUUACCUUUAAUUAACUGUUUUUAUAAUAUGAAUACACGAUGUCAAGUAUCUAUCAAAGCUUUAUUUUCAGAGGUUUUUGUCGCUAUGUCGCCGAUUACUAGAGUUAUGCGACAAACAUCUACUCCAUUUCACUGCUUCUGUAGUCAAAAGUACAGCUUGGGAUCUUCUGGAGAAAGAGGACCAAGACAGGAUUCAAGAAAGUAAGCAGAACUCAGAAUCGUGUCAAAAACUUCACUUUCACAAGUUAUAUUCAAAGCAUGAUUUUAUGAAGAUUACUGUACUUUCAGCGGGAAUUUUCGUGGAAAUGUGCCUUCCAAAAGCUCCGCCACCACGAUUAUCAAGCUUCAACAGGGUAAGUUACUGUAAAUUCUUUUAAUUUAGACAAAUUUAUUUGUUCCACAGUAGAAUAAGUCGUUACCAUGCCAUUUUCAGUCAUACAAACGAUCCUCCAGCGUCGGUUUCGGCAACCCCAUGUCAUCGAAGCUAGACCCUCCAUUCUACGGAACUUACGAACGCACACGAUCACUAGAACGAGCACGACCUGCCUCAACGUUCACUCAACUUGUAGAAGCCGACGAACCUUUGGAAGCGAUUCUGGAGAGGGAGAAGAGCCAGAACCAGAUACCUCUAGAACAACAUCGACGAGCCAACAGCCUCAGGGAACACUCGUCCAGUCGAAUGAGUGUCAAGUCUAACGCCAGCACGGUGAAGCACCGUUCUCCACAGCCUUCUGAAGUCGAUCUGACGAAGAAAGAGGAGAAAAAGGAACCGCCCAAGCUGAAAUUUCCCAAAUCCACCCACGCCCACAAGGUCCCGUCCCCAGAAUCCCCAACCAAACGCAUCUCCAAAACACGGCAUCCACCUCCUGUGAAGCGCACCGUGCCCUCACAAUCAGCUACCGUGAACGUGGAACGUCAGAAUACUCAAACCAUAAUGACGGCCGAGCAGAACAAAGAAAAAGGUAUCGAUACAAGCACGAUGGAGAUCAAACCAUCGACUUCAGAAGACAAAAACACUGUCGACAAUGCUCCGACGAGUGUAGCGACUUCAGAUGCCGUCAAAAACAAGCCUCGUUCUGUUGUUAAGCCUAUGCCCAAGCCUACUACCUUUUCUGCUGUUCAAAACAAACCAACUACAACACGACGGGUAAGUUAUGUCAUUGCUGUAUCAAAUACUAUGGUUAAAGACUCCUCUUUCGUAAGAAAAAUUUUAAAAAAAGUCCAAUAAGUUUAAAAAUUGUCUAAAGUUUUAUCAAAAAGUGAUAAAAGUAUCGAAAAAGUUUGGUGUCAUCCGCAGGAUUCGAACCUGCGCCCUCCGAAGAGGACUGCGACCUGAACGCAGCGCCUUAGACCACUCGGCCAGAAUGACACGGCUUCUCCCUUCUUGUCUUUGUUUGUGGAUGAAGGUCUUUUACCAAACCAAAAAUAGUUUUGACACAAAAAGUUGUGAGAAAUACUGAUAUUAGCUUGAUGUUGUACAAAAUUCGACUGAAAUUCUCUUUUUUCCAUUGAAGACGUCACUAAUUGAUUUAAAAUAAUUAUAUUGUUUUAGAGUGUAACCAGCGCUACCGCCGCCUACGCCGCCAAAGUAGUGGAUCGAAAAAGCGCUUUACCCCGCCAGCUUCCCCCGCCCAACGCUGCCAUGCUGACCCGCUCUCGUGCCAAUCCAGGACUGUCGAUAGAUGGCAAAGUGAAAAGGAAAGACGUGGAGAACGACUCCAGAAUCCCCAGAAGUCCGAAGGUCGGGCGACGAUAG